UUUUUUCAAUCCAAUGUACCAAUCUGCAAGUGUAUGUUUCAAUGUUGAUGAUGACAACCACGAAGCUGAUAAUGAUGUCCAUCUUGAAGCAAUUGCUCGAUGUAAGGAGGAGGACAGGGAAAGCUCAGAUAAACCAACCAGAACAAGUUCUGUGUCGUUUGCACCAGUAGUGUCAGUAUCUGAGUUUCAAUCACAUGAGGCUAAAGACAAACAAGGAAGUUUAUUGCGAUCUGUACUCACAAGACGUAAACCCAGCCUUAAAAUGCAGCCAGAAAGUGACUUCAUUGAAACAGAACGAGGC